AUGAUUCGAAGUUUUUGGUAUUGUGAGGAACGUAUUAAAAAUGGUGCAAAAAAAUUAACUAAAGCACGCGGCACAAGUCAACAAGGACGCUUGGAUUCGUUUUUUACAGUUAGUCAUGUUGUAUCAACCACUGGAACAGCGAAAACGAAAACAACGGAACUUGGCAAAAAAGCAAAUAAUGGUGUAAAAAGAAAAAGUACAGCUUCAAAGUCUGAUAGUACUGAUGUCAAAACAAAAUCAACACAACGUUUUAAAAUUGAAGGUUUGUCUCGUUUUAUAACAUUGAUUCUAUUGUUAUCAAUCAUGAUUAUUAACGAAACGAAUGUUCUUCGUCAUGAACUCGAAACAUUAAAACCGAAUCGAAAUGUUUAUACCGUACAAACUGGCACAAAUAUAUUUUUUAAAAGCAAUAAAAACAUCGCUCUUCAAUCUUGUCUAGAAACUUUAAAAUCAUUACAGCAUGAACUCAAGGAAUGCGAAAAAUCAUCUGUUGUGAAUGAUCAAGCUUGA